GACUGCAGACUGCACUCCUUUAACCUGCCAUGGACGUCACUGACUACUAUGGAUGUACUGAUGGGUAAAGAGAGAGAGAGAGAGAGAGAGAGAGAGAGAGAGGGGAGGGACUGAAAUACACGUAUAAAUAUGUAUAGAAAAAUAAGUAAGUAAAUAAAUAAGGAGCGAGAAAACAGGAAGAAAAGAAACAUUUCCUUGACGAGAGAGAUACAGGUAGAGGGAGGGAGAGAGAGAGGGAGAGACACUGAGAGAUAGAGAGGGAGAAAGAGAGAGAGGUAGAGGGAGACAGAGUAAGAGAGGAGGAGAGAGGGAGCGCUAAUUAGUUGUAAUUAGUUUAGAAGUUUUUUUGUGAGAGAUGAUGUCAGCGCACGCGCUGCUCGUGCUGCUCUCGUGCUCCGUGUGUUGGGUCUCGGGCUGCCUGCUGCCCACUGAGUGGAGGCCGCUGAGCGAGGGCUGCCGCGCGGAGCUCGCGCACAUCAUCCUUUAUGCCAGGGUGCUUGCUCUGCACGCGGAGCCGCACGCGCAGCACGGCCUGCUGUACGCGGCGGAGGUGGAGGUGCUGUGUGACCAGGCGUGGGGCAGCAUGCUGGAGGUCCCCGCGGGGUCCCGACUCAACGUGUCCGGCCUCGGAUACCUGCACUGCCAGUCCCACUCAGUGAUGGAGAACAACUCCUACAUCUUCUUCCUCAGGAUGGAUGAGGACUACAACAUCCUUCCUCAUGCCAUCAACUACCAGGACGCCAUCUUUCCCGACACUCCGGAGAACCGCCGCAUUUUCUCCAGCCUCUUCCAGUUCUCCAACUGCUCCAGCGGACACACGUUCCACAACUUCAGCCCCGAGUGGGAGUACCAGGAGGACAGCAGGUUGCUGUGCUCGUCUGUGCAGCAGGUGCUGUUUGAGGAGGAGGAGCGCGUGGGCAGGCUGGAGGAACGCGUGGCGGAGCUGCAGCAGAAGAACGAGCAGCUGAAGUCUCGCGUGGGGAAGCUGAAGCGCUCGCUGAGGAAAGCCCGCAGAAGCAGCCGCCGUAAGCAGCGCGAGCACCUCGAGCUCCAGCAGCGCCUCAGCAGCUCACACUCAACCUCAACUCAUCACUUCAACCACAUCGCUCCUCCACACAAACCCUCGCAUCCUACACAUGGGCUCUGAGGGCAUGCGCGAUGCCCGGACUCCUGCAGGCUGCUGGGCAGUCUCUUAUGCCAGUGUACACUCGCUUUACGUGAUCACCUUAUGUGUCAGACCCUUACGCAUGCUAGAUGCUACUGUCAGUGUGGUGAAGAUUCGGUACUCGACUGCACACCGACAUUGAAGUGGGUGGAAAAAAUAGUGCUGUCAAAGGGUUAAAACAAUUAAUCGUGAUUAACCUUGCUAGCUUGUUGCAGUUAAUCAUUAAUAAUGAUUUGUUUGUUGUAGUUAUUCUUGAUUGACCGUGCUAGCUUGUUUCAGUUAACCGCAAUAAAUUGUUGCAGUUAAUCGUGAUUAAUCACAUUAGUCUAUGUUCAUGAUUAACUGGGCUUGCUUGUUGCAAAUAAUCAUGGUUACUCACAUAAAGUUUUGCAGUUAAUCAUGAUUAAUCGCAUUAGUUUGAUAUUGUUAUUCACAAUUGAUCGUGCUAGCUUGUUGCAGUUAAUCAAGAUUAAUCUCAUUAAAUUGUUGCAGUUAAUUGUGAUUAUUUGCAUUAGCUUUAGUUAUUCAUGAAUAACCAUGCUAGCUUGUCACAAUCACAUUAAAUGGUGAUUAAUCGCAUUAGUUUGUUAUAAUUAUUCAUGAUUAACUGUGCUAGCUUGUCACGGUUAAUCAUGAUUAAUCGCAUGAAAUUGUUGCAGUCAAUUGUGAUUAAUAGCAUUAGUUUGUAUUGGUUAUUCACGAUUAACCGUGCUAGCUUGUCUCAGUUAAUCACGAUGAAUUAUAUAAGUUUGUUGCAGUUCAUCAUGAUUAAUCGCAUUAGUUGUAGUUGAUGGCGAUUAAUCACAUUUGACUUAUUUGAAGGAUUUUUUCCAUUUAAAAAGCGAUGCAUUCUGUUAUAGCUGUAUGAGAAUGUAUUCAUUACCUUAAAUGCAUCAGUUUUAACAUACAAUUGUAUGAAUGCAGCGCGGACAUGUACACAGUUUCCUUAUUCGAUCAAGAGGAAAGAGAGGGCUGCACAGUGGCAGAGACAUAGCAACAUUGCAUGAGCAGCUGGGCUUCAAAUUAGAACUAUGGAUGGUUCAAAGGGUCAGACUAUGAAAAUGCACUAGGCGCUAACAACGUUAACUUUGACACCAUUACAAAAACCAAAUGUACUUAAUGGUCAAACCGAAACUCCUUUCAAAAUUCAGGGGAAGAAUUUGUGAAACGUUUUAAAUGAUUUUUUAUGCAAUAUUAAACUUAUUGUGGCCUAUUUUUCAGAAACACCCUGCGACUCUGCACAAACUUUUACUCUCAACAGCCAAAUUUGAACCGAAUUUUAACAACGUCCUCAUAGCGGCCGUGUCGAUGAGCGAUGUUAUUUGCUUCAUUGUAAUGCAGCAUAAUGGUAGAAAUAAUCCCAGGCUAUAUUUACUCAAAGCUAUAAAUCAACUUGUCGAAAUAAUCCCAGGUUAUAUUAAUCCAGUGCAAUUUGUAACAAUUACUCAUAUAUUCUGUGCCCAAAUCAGUCCAGUACAUACUGUUCAACCUCGAGGGUAUGACUACGAAUGUCGAAACAUUAAGUUUGAUUUUACAGCUUUGUAAAUUACAAGUAAAAGUUUCUUAUUUGUGAGCAGCUAAAUGUGUUGCAUAUGGAACUUUUUUGUGUGAAGGCAGUGUGUUAUUAAUCAGCUGCUCCCAUCUCUGUAAUUGAAAACAGCACUAUGUAAAAUAUUUGGUUAAAACUGGAAGAAGUAGCAUUACUGAGUCAGGAGAAAACAGAGCACAUUAAAAAAUGGUGAGUGUGUUGCUGUGAGUCGCCCUGUAAAGCCUGAUCAUUUAAAAGAGCUCGAUGUUGAGGCCUCACAUGCAACAUCAACAUUAAACAGAUGAUAAUGACAGAGGUGGAAAAUACAGGUCCAGAAAGUAAAAAUCCUUCCCCGGAUUUUGUUCCAUCUGCCCGGACAGCUCUGCUCGUGGUUUGAUCUAACUAGAGAAGCCAGGCCAUUGGAACAAAAUGCUGGGAAGGAUCUUUACUUUCUGGACUUGAAUUUUCCGCCUCUGAUGACAGUAGGUCGGAAGAUGUGUCAGAUUCAUCUGCUUGUGGGGGUCCAAAGCACAACAUCACAAAACAUUCUUCCGCAUGUUGUGUGCAAUUACAAAUUUCCACCAGAGAGGUCUCCAAAUCCCCCAAACUUACUUAGUGUAGCUCUAAACCGAUAUUUCUUAUCCUGCAUAUAUCUGUCAUAAAGAUAAAUUACAGACAUCCUGUGGAAAAAUGACAUUAUGCCUCCUCUGCACCAAAACUAAUCCUGUCCAAAUUGUACAUUACAAGUAAUUCAUGAAUGUUUUCCCAUUAUUUCUACCUUCUUGCAGCUCAUCUUUCUUUCUCAGCCUUAAUCAGGUUAGUUAACCUGCUUUGCUUGGUUGAAAUGUGAAAUGUAAAAUGGGACUAUCUGAAAUGCUGUCCGAAACAGUUUCUGGAGAUUGUAAAUACAGCAACUUUUGCAAUGUUUGAUCCAUAUAUUUUUACAAUAAAUAUCCGCAAUGUAAACCA